GGAGGUGGAGGAAAAAGAGAAGGAGGAGUGCCCUGGCCCGGAUCAGUGCGGCUCACACACUCACACUCGGCACUCUCUCCGAGCGCGUCUCGCUCGCUCGCACACCCGCCGGAGCCCAGGAGCGCGCUGGGAUCCCGAGCGCCGCGGAAAAGUUUACUCCGGCUCUCACCCGAGACUAAUUGCUUUGGGAAGUACAUCAGCUCGGCGGAGCCUGCGGAAUCUAGAACUCGCGGCCCCGGAUCCUGGGAACGCAGGCCGCCUCCGUCUCUGGGACCGUCGACAACAAUAGCGGCGGCCGCCCCCAAGCCGGCGCCCCGAGCCGGUGCCAGCGGGGGUCCUGGACCCCGAGCCGGACUACGACUCCCGGGCGCGCCGGCAACGUGGUCACCCCUGCGUGCAAGGCGAGCGCCAAGGAGCGGCUCCGGCUUUGCCCCUGGUGGGGGCCGAGCCAGACCCUGCCUGCAGACUCCAUCCAGCGGACUGGAAGAAGUCACAGCGCGGGCCCCAAGCCCGCAGCGUCUUCCCUCGCGGAUCCCGGGACAUACAAAACCGGGGCCGUCCCGGCCGGGGCCGCGAUGCGGGUCGGUCCCGUGCGCUCUGCCAUGAGCGGCGCUUCGCAACCCCGCGGUCCGGCCCUGCUACUCCCUGCCUCCCGGGGCACCCCGGCCAAGCGCCUGCUGGAUGCGGACGACGCGGCGGCCGUGGCGGCCAAAUGCCCGCGCCUCUCCGAGUGCUCGAGCCCUCCGGACUACCUCAGCCCCCCCGGCUCGCCCUGCAGCCCGCAGCCCCCACCCGCCGCACCGGGGGUCGGUGGCGGCUCCGGGAGCGCACCGGGGCCCAGCCGCAUCGCCGACUACCUGCUGCUGCCCUUGGCCGAGCGCGAGCAUGUGUCCCGGGCACUGUGCAUUCACACCGGCCGCGAGCUGCGCUGCAAGGUGUUUCCCAUUAAACACUACCAGGACAAAAUCAGGCCUUACAUCCAGCUGCCAUCGCACAGAAACAUCACUGGGAUUGUGGAAGUGAUCCUCGGGGAAACCAAAGCCUAUGUCUUCUUUGAGAAGGACUUUGGGGACAUGCACUCCUACGUGCGAAGCCGAAAGAGGCUGCGGGAAGAGGAGGCUGCCCGGCUGUUCAAGCAGAUUGUCUCUGCGGUGGCCCACUGCCACCAGUCAGCCAUCGUGCUGGGGGACCUGAAGCUUAGGAAAUUUGUCUUCUCCACGGAGGAGAGAACCCAGCUCAGACUGGAAAGCCUGGAAGAUACGCACAUAAUCAAGGGUGAAGAUGAUGCCUUGUCAGACAAACAUGGCUGCCCAGCCUACGUGAGCCCUGAGAUUCUCAACACCACGGGCACCUACUCUGGAAAGGCUGCAGACGUUUGGAGCCUGGGCGUGAUGCUGUACACCCUCUUGGUGGGACGAUACCCUUUCCAUGACUCAGACCCUAGUGCCCUUUUCUCCAAAAUCCGACGUGGACAGUUCUGCAUUCCCGACCACAUUUCUCCCAAAGCCAGGUGCCUCAUCCGCAGCCUCCUGCGGCGAGAGCCUUCUGAGAGACUCACUGCUCCUGAAAUCUUACUCCAUCCCUGGUUUGAGUCUGCCUUGGAACCUGGGUACCUUGACUCAGAAAUGGGAACUUCAGACCAGAUUGUUCCAGAGUACCAGGAGGACAGUGACAUUAGUUCCUUCUUUUGCUAAUCCCAGAAACCUCAGAAACCUCAUAAUUCUCACACAUGGCAUUUCCAUUUCUGAAGACAGACUGGCCCUCUGGCAUGGCGCCACCCAGAUAGGGGACUGCACCCAGAGGGUCACUGCAGAGCUCACCGUGGUGCCCCCUUCUCGGUCGGGAUGAGUGACUCUUGAUCCAAGCAGAAUCCACCCUGCUUGACCGUGCUGCCCGUUGUUCCCCUGCUUAAUAAACUGUCACCAACUCUCCCUCCUUUGGAUUUGGGGCUUCUGCAGGUCUUGAAGUUGGGAGAGAUGUGGGCAUCCUACCCUGUGUUCAGGUGUCACGAACUCGAGCGUUUGCGCAGGAAAGGAAGCAAAUCGCACAGUGGCAUUUUGGGCAGUAACUAACAGGAUGACAAAUAACUUGGGCCAAUAAACUUGCCAUCUCUGGAUUCGUCUCUGGUAGCUGGACUCGCUACCGAGGUUUCUCUGAUCAGAAAGUUGUGUUUUUGGUUUAACACUCACCUUCCCUUCACACUCACAUGCACCAAUGCCCGUGCUCCACUGUGGGAGCGGACUGAGGAGCUCAGGAGUCUGCCCGAACCCGGAGUCUGCUGAAUCCUGCCAAGACACCCUAUGCAACAGUGCCUCCCCUGCCCUUGGAACCUGCCCCUACAGCUCUGAGGGUGGUCCGCAGCUCACCCGGGGAGCCUUCGAGAGAUGUGAGCUCCUGGCUGCUUCAGAACCCUGAGCUCAUUAGUUCUUUAAAACUAAUUUGAUGACUUGAAACCAUUAGCUUUCUGGCAUCCCUUUGAGUAGCCAGCACACAGUCCUUUGCUUUCUGUCCCCAGACUGUCUUAGGUGGGGCAUUUUGUCCAGGAGGAAGCGGACAAGGAGACUUCUCACUCCCCUCUCUCAGGAGCAAACGUUAAACAUCUUCGUGCUUCAAAGAAGGCGUGUUUUGGAGUCUCAGGGACCCUCAAGCUGACUUCCACAGUGUGCCCUGGCCCGGGGGCUGGACGGGAGCAUGUGUACAGCCGCGGUCUGUACACAGAUGUGUGGUUUUGAUGAUAUCUGUGCAGUCGGCUUCUGGGGGGACAUAGCGAGCCCCAGACACGCUCAGUCACUUAGGACUUGAACAGUCAUCUGAUCUGACUCCUCGCCUCUUGCUGCCACCCCUACCACCGAAGCCCCCGAGCUGCUUUCGCAGUGGGCAUCUGGCCUCUGUUCCAAUGCUUCCAGACCAAAACUUACUCCCUACGAAGACAGGCUUCACGGAGAAUCUGCAGCUUCCAUUAUAAACCAACGGGCAGCGCUGAUCGGGUAGUGAAACGGGUAAACAAAACAUACUGUAUUCUGAGAAAUGGCACAAAACCAGGCAGGCAUCUUUAAGGGCUACGCCUAGGCAAACUACUAACCUGCAUUGUGAGAACGCCGUGUAUACCUCACGUACUGUGUACUUUGUACAUAUAUUUUACCUUUUACACAGAUGUCUGAUGGGUUGUCGUGUUCAGCUCCUAGGCUUGUUCUGUGUCUGUGUUUGUCUGAAUAACCUGCGUGUCUGAAGCCACGUGAAAUGUGAAUGAUGUCGGCAGAUGACCUUGUAGAAUCUGGGCCUUGGGGCGAGGGGCCGGCCUCCGUCCGCUCUCGCUCUCUUGGUUAUUUGACUCUUGUAUCUGUGACAUGUUACCCAGCUGGAGACUGGGCUGGCAGGGCUUCUGCCAGGACAGCUAGAAACACUAGAUCCUCCCUGUAUGUGUGUAGAUACGCGACCAGUGAGACGGCUGUCGCGGACCUGUAGAGGAUUUUAAUAAAUCUGCUUUCGUACA